AUGAUGAGAAGUGUUCGUCUCCUUGUAACCAUUGCCUUCAUGGCUUUGGCUUCCUCUCUUUCUUCUGCCUAUGACCCUAGCCCACUGCAGGAUGCUUGUGUCGCUGUUGAUGACCCCAAGGCUUCUGUGUUUGUAAAUGGAAAGUUCUGCAAGGACCCAAAGCUUGCCAUGGCAGAUGAUUUCUUCUUUUCAGGGCUCCAUAUCCCAGGAAAUACAUCAAAUCCAGUUGGAUCAGCUGUCACUCCUGUAAAUGUUGCCCAAAUUGCAGGACUCAACACCCUUGGAAUCUCCUUGGCUCGUGUUGACUAUGCCCCAUAUGGCCUAAACCCUCCUCACACUCACCCUCGCGCCACUGAGAUUCCAGUUGUCUUGGAGGGAACCCUCUAUGUAGGCUUCGUCACAUCCAACCCUGAAAACCGCCUCAUUAGCAAAGUCCUAAACAAGGGUGAUGUGUUUGUGUUCCCUAUUGGUCUCAUUCACUUCCAGUUCAAUGUUGGGCAUACUAAUGCAGUCACCAUUGCUGCUCUGAGCAGCCAAAACCCUGGUGUGAUCACAAUUGCAAAUGCAGUCUUAGGCUCAGACCCACCCAUCUCUAUUGAUGUUCUCACUAAGGCUUUCCAAUUGGACAAGGACGUGGUUAACUUCCUUCAAUCAAGUUUCUGGUGGGACAACAACUAA